AUGAACUGUAUCUCUAGUUGUUAUAGUCCCAUGGGACCCAAGAACACAAGAUACCCUAACCUCAAGAGGCCUUGCAGCUUUGACUCAAACCCUCUCGGGGAGCGUCUUGCCGAGCAAUGUCCAGGUGCCUGCCUGCCCCUUGGUACAUUCGCACCACCGUGCUGCUGCAGAUCUCAGAGUCUGCAGCUGCGUGCCAGCCCACCCCAGAAAAAGUUCAAGCGAACAUGUAGCAGCAGCGUUUCAGGGAUUAUGAGUGAAAAAUGCCCUUGGAUGCCCAAGAAGCCUAUUUCUCCACGUUUUCUUCUGGCCUCCUUCUCAAAGCCCUCGACCUUCCUCAUUCCUCUUGUUCUCCUAACCCAGAACCUGGCCCUGAGGGCAGGUCGGAUUGGGGCCUUACAAGAACUUCAGAAUGGCUUAGGGAGCUCCUUCCUCAUACCCAGAAGCUGCCUUUUGGAAAAAGAAGCAGGCAUGUACCUGGGCACUCUCAGGAACCCCGCGGGAGGCGGGACUGGCAGCACUGGGGGCGGUGGGAGUCUCCUGCCAGCCUCCAACUUCACAGCAGUCCCUGCCUAUGCGCACUUCGUGGGGUAUCCCCAUAUGCCCAGCAUGGAUUCUCACGGGUCGUCGCUGGGGGGCUGGGGUUCGCCCUAUAGUCCCCCUCGAGAAGACUGGAAUGCGUACCCUGGGUCGUCCAGUACAAUGGGCACUGUGCCCGUGAACGACAUGACCUCGAGCCCUGCCGCUUUUGGCUCCCAGAACAACUUGGGUCCUGUGGGAGGGGGAAGCAGCAGUGGCAGCCUGCCAGCCCCAGGCAGCGGGUCACUGUUCCCCGUAGACACCGACGCCGCAGAUGCCAGUUCUUCUAACAGAACCCUUCACAGCCCUUAUGCGUGGAUGCGCAAGACUGUGCAGGUUACGGGGAAAACCAGGACAAAAGAAAAGUAUAGUGUGGUUUACACAGAUCAUCAGAGAUUGGAGCUAGAGAAGAAAUUCCACUGCAAUAGAUACAUCACCAUUCGGAGAAAAUCAGAACUAGCAGUCAACCUGGGCCUUUCUGAAAGACAGGUGAAAAUCUGGUUUCAGAAUCAGAGAAAGGUGAUCAAAAAGAAAAUCUCCCAGUUUGAGAACAGUGGAGGCUCAGUGCAAUGUGACUUUGGUUCCAUCAGCCCUGGGGAACUACCUAACACUUUUUUCACCACUCCAUCUGCUGUUCGUAGAUUUCAACCUAUUGAGAUACAGCAGGUCAGAGUCUCUGAAUGA